UGAGUAUAUCCAAAAAAGCAAGAAAAGCCAACAAAACCCGUUCUUUCACGCGCAGCUCCAGAGCAGCCCUCAUUACCUCGCUUCUCCCGAGAAGAAGACGGGUCGGCUUUACAGAACCAACUAGAAAGUCCAGUCCGACCAAGAGGGGGAGAGAGAAAAAGAGAGAGAGAGAGAGAGAUGUCACAGGAGCAUGACAAUAAACGGGCGGUGCUGGUGCUACAGAAUGAUCCGGCGUACAGCCAGCGUCGCUCCUUCACCAGCGAGGAUGAAGCCUGGAAAUCCUUUCUGGAGAACCCGCUUACUGCUGCCACCAAGGCCAUGAUGAGCAUCAAUGGAGAUGAAGACAGUGCGGCCGCUUUGGGCUUGCUUUAUGACUAUUAUAAGGUGCCGCGGGAAAAGAGGACAAUAUCCCAGCCAAAGGCCGACAUCCUGGGCUCUGAUGUGGAUCCCAACAAAAGCAGGAAUCUGAUGGCUUCGCUCCCCGAGACGUCCAUGGCAUCGGCCGAGAACAGGAUCCAGGUCUUGAAGGGAGUCGUCCUUCCAGGAAGCAUCGUCCUUCCAGGAAACCUUCAGGGAAACCAUUCGGUGGUGCAAGACAAGAGGGCACUUUUCCCCUCGCCCGACACCACGGUCACCGUGUCCAUCGCCGCAGUGCCCAACUACCCGGUCAAGACGGAAAUGCCGUCGCACGGUUUCUCCGUCACCGUUCCCAACCCGCACUGCUCAGAGCCGGAUAACCAUUCGGUGGUUUUUGACCGGCAGCUCGCUCACAGCCAGUUCAGUCCCAACACCCAGCCUCGCACGCCCGAUUCCACCUUUCCAGAGACCUUCAAAGACGGCGCCCAAGAGGUGUUCUCGUUCCCAGGGGAUCUCCAGUUACGAAUGGCCUCCAUGGCGCAGGAGGAGUACGCCGCUUUCAACACCGUGUCGGGUAAUAAUUUCGAAUACACAAUGGAAGCCUCAAAGUCCCUCCGUCAGAAGUCAGGCGACGGCACCAUGACGUACCUCAACAAGGGCCAGUUCUACCCCAUCACUCUGAAGGAGACUGACAACAACAAAGUCCUGCAUCAUCCCAUCUGUAAAGUCAGGAGUGUGGUGAUGGUGGUGUUUGGAGAAGAGAAGUGCAGGGAUGAUCAGCUCAAGCACUGGAAGUACUGGCACUCCAGACAACACACAGCCAAGCAGAGGUGCAUCGACAUCGCCGACUACAAAGAAAGCUUCAACACCAUCAGCAACAUCGAGGAGAUAGCCUACAACGCCAUCUCUUUCACCUGGGACAUCAACGAGGAGGCAAAGAUCUUUAUCUCGGUGAACUGCUUGAGCACAGACUUCUCCUCUCAGAAGGGGGUGAAGGGUCUCCCCCUAAACCUGCAGAUCGACACCUACAGCUACAACAACCGCAGCAACAAGCCCAUCCACCGCGCAUACUGCCAGAUCAAAGUCUUCUGUGAUAAAGGAGCCGAGCGCAAGAUCCGAGAUGAGGAGCGCAAGCAGUCGCGCAGGAAGGGAAAAUGCACCGAUGUUAACACCGGUCUGGCUGCCUUCGUGGACGUCAAGGUGCCCCUCCUGCACAAGCGCAGUGAUAUCACCACCUUUAAGAUGAUGGCAGACCUGGAGACACAGCCUGUCCUCUUCAUUCCUGACAUCCACUUUACCAACUUCCAGCGCCACCCCUUCUCUUCUGAAGAUGCAGAAGAUGGCUCUGGGAUGAAGAGAUUACCCUUCUCAGAGGAGGAGUUUGGAUCACCUCCCAAUAAGUUGGCCCGGGUGGACGAACCAAAGAGAGUCCUGCUGUACGUACGGAAGGAGACGGAGGAGGUAUUCGAUGCCCUCAUGCUGAAGACUCCAACACUGAAAGGACUGGUGGAAGCGAUUUCAGAAAAGUAUGACGUCCCUCUUGAGAAACUGGGGAAGGUCUACAAGAAGUGCAAAAAAGGGAUCUUGGUGCACAUGGACGACAACAUCAUCAAGCAUUACUCCAACGAGGACACCUUCCAGAUCCAUAUGGAGGAGAUGGGGGGCAUGGUGAAGCUCACCCUCACUGAGAUCUAAAUGAGCUUCUCCACCUUAUGGACUUGUUUACAUGACUCAUGACCUUGUGGAGGUACCUGGGGCCUUCUUCUUCUAUGCACUCCACUGUUAACAUGUGUUUUCUAACGUGUAUAUUUUAGGCCUUUGCUUUUUAAACCUUUUUUUUUUUGUUUAUUUGGUUUUAUUAUUUUUUUAAUCCCAAAUAUGUUUUUUUUAUGUAUGCAUGACUAUGUAUAAAAUAUGCACCUUGCAUAUAUCGUGCAUAAGUGUGAAUGAAUGAAUGAAUGACCUGAGGAUAUUCGGGAACAUUCUCUUAAAAUUAAUGUCUCUAUUGUUCUGAGCCAUAUAUCCUAUUUUUGUUGUAUGUAUUUUAAAAUAUGAAUAUAUAAAAAAAACAAAAGAAAAUAAAUGUAUAGUUUUAAACAGUUUUUUUUUUCAGUUAAUUUUAGUUAUUUUAAAGGAGAACUCUGGUGUAAAAGUGACUUUGAUUGUAGUUAAACAUGAUAAAUAGUAUUAACCUUUGUUGAAUAGCUCACGUCCGCUCUCCUGCAGCUUUCUGAGAUUCAGCAAUUUUGUGCUUUUUAUCCUAGCGCUCUUUACAACAGGCGCUUUGGGGCAUAUUUUGCCCCUGAUAAAUAACUUUUUUACACCAUUAUUCAGGUUCAAAGUAGCUCCACCUCAUUGGUAGAAUUCGGAGGGUCCUAACAUUUAAAACGAGGCAUUAAUAACUUUAAAAGUGCAUAAGAAGCUUAACAAAAACUACUGGUUACAUUCUGUAGCAUAAGCUAAUUUCUAGGCCUUAAUAAUGCCUUCUUUUAACCCUUUCAGACCCUCCGUCCAUUAAAAUAGACAUCAUAUAUUUUCUUAAUUUUAAAGUUUUGUUGCACUUAACGCUAAUUUAGACCAGUUAUUAAUCAGAAUAGACCAUGAACCAGCCAAUGAACAAGUUUUUAAGCUAAUAAAAUUAGCUUAAUUAGCUUAGCCUUGCCACUCAACACAAAAGCGAACAGAAGAGCCAACGAGACAAAGUAAGAGCUCAAUUUUACUCAUUUAAUAUGUUUUAGAAGACUUUUUAUCAUGUUUACUUUACUUUUCUUUACUGGCUUUUAUUUUUUUUUACUUGAAUAUAGUUCAGAUCUGAAAGGGUUAAAGGUCAGGGAUCUCCAGAUUUUACCAAUGAGGUGCAAUCUACUUUGAGCCUGAAUAAUAGUUAAAAAUGGCUUUAUUAGAGCAUAAUAUGCUCAAAAGUGGCCGUUGUAAAGAGUGCUGAGCAAAAAGCAUGAAAUUUCUGUAUCUCAGAAAGCUGCAGGAGAGCGGAGGUGAGCUAUUCAACAAAGUUAAAUACUCUUUAUCAUGUUUUACUACACUAAAAGUCACUUUUACACCUUUAAUUCUCCUUUCUCCUUUAGUUCUCCUUUAAAUUACUCCAAAGGCAGGUGCCCACUCAAUGCAUUGUCUGGUAUUCAUGGUAUUAUUCUCUAAUAGAUUUCAUCUGCAAUGUUUGAUGUUUGGAAGCCACAGCACUGGAGAUUUGCAUUUUUAAAUGAGAGAAAGUGAGCUGAAUGCACACAGUAAAUGGGGCAUAUAAGUGCAGGUUGUGUUGUAGAUAGAGGGACGCUGGGGCAUCUCUCAUUGGUUUCUUUAUUUAUACAAAACACUGAGCAGUAUUUAGUGUGCUCGGCAUGUCUGAGAGGUACUGUGUGACCAGUGUUGUUCGUAUAUAUAUAUAUGUGUGACUAUAUAUGUUUUAAUGACAAAAAAAAAAAAUAAUUUUUACAGCAGAUCUUGAUAGAGAUUGAGAUCUUGAGCUAGUGUGACACAACUGGUGCACAUUUUUUGUGCAGUAAUAUGUAAAAAAAAAACAGAAUUUAUUAAUUUUUUAGCAAGAUUCUAAUCUAAAAAUAGUUUUCCUAUAACAAUAAAAUAGGGAGUAGUGCUAUUUUCCCAUUUUUUUUGUAUAUUCCCAACCCUGGUCCUGAAGAACCUGCUUAAUAACACUGUUCACACUAGGGGUGGGCGAUAUGUAUUUUUUUGUGAUACUCUUGGCGAUAUGACAAAACACUGAAUAAAAAAAAUAAUUAUUUAUAAAUAUUUCAAGAAUACAAUACUGCAACAAAAUGAAAAUAUUUAUUUAUUAUUAUUGCAUACAAUAUAAUAUGGCACACCCAUAACUGAAUCAAUAAAAUCAAUUUAAAAAAAUACAAGAAUUUUAUCAAUUUUUUUAAACAGAAGUCAAUGAUCCAGAAUCAAGUCAUGAUACUUAUAAUACUAAUGAUAAUGCACUCCAUAUAUCUCCAUAUAUUCAGGAUUAAAGUAAAAUAAAUGAUACAGGACAGAUAUAAUCUGUCUCUAGUAGAUAUAUAAUAGGAAAUAAGAACAGUGUGAUUUUUUUAUCGCUAAAAAUAUGAUAUGGCACCAUAUUUCAGGGUAUAAUAUCACAGUUCACCAUAUUUAAAAAUGUUGGACAGCACUGUGGAUUGGAUUGGUUCUCCAGCUCCAGGGUUGGGAAGCACUGCUCUAAAACACGAUCAAUGUACAUUUUGUGUGCGUAAGUCUUUAUGUUUUAUUGCUGUUACUGUUUUUUAUGUUGUUAUUUUUAUUAUUGAUGGAAAGCAUCUGUUACUGCUGUUACUGAAACAAAAACGAAAUUUUCUGAAUUCAAAAAUGCCAAGCUGAUAAUAGUAUUACACUGUAGAUUAUCAAAUAGAUGAUUCUGUAGCUAUAGAUCAAUACAUUCUCCAAAGUUUUUAAUUUUAUUUUAUUUUAUUAUGCAUUCUAUCUGUCACUCACUUAUUUACUCAUUUACUCUUUUUGUCACUUUUUGUUUUGAACUACAGUCUGUAUAGCAUCAGGGUCAUUUUCUUUUUCAACGUUGUUUUCUAACUCACUAAUACACUGAUUUGUUUUGUAUCAAAGUACUUAUAACUAUAUAUAUAAUUAUGUAUAUUUAUUGAUGUGUUGGGAUGGGCUAUUUUUUACAUCAUAACAAAAAUGUUCAUUGCUGUUACAUGUUGUUCUUUAUUUUGUUCUAAUGUUUUUUUUUUUGUUUUUAUAUGAGAUCAAUUUAAAACUAUCAUGUAUGUAUUUAUGCAAAAGGGUAGAUUUAUUCAUACAGCUGCGAGUUGAAUUAAAUACAGAAGUUCAGGUAUGAUCUGCUGUAUGGCUUUUUAGAUAUUAGCAGUUUUUAUUCUCCUGUAUUAUAUUCCACAUUUUCUCUAAGUCCAAAUAAAAGCCAGUGUGGCUUGGCUGUUGUAAUAG